AUGCCCGUUCGGCUCACACUUCUGUCGUGCUGGCUGCCGCCUGCUGAGCUUCUGACAAAAUCUACGCUUCGAGCCGUACAUAUGCCAUCGCCCCGGUCCAUUCAUCUGAGUCUGGCUCCCCUUCGCAGCCCACCAACAUUCAAAUCUACCCGGCGAUCCUUUAUGACAGGGGCACAUUAUAUUGGCCGACCAGCAGCACGAUCACGAGCGAGCUUGCGAGCGACCCAAACCCCCAAACAACCGCUGAACCGACGCUACAAUUCGGGAACUUCGGGCAGCUCGGCGCAGACAGAGAAAGAGGGCAACUCGUUGUCGCAACGACUUCGGAAACUUUCCCGUGAAUACGGCUGGGCCGCGGUCGGUGUAUACUUCGCUCUCUCGGCAUUGGACUUCCCCUUCUGCUUUGUUGCUGUGCGCCUGUUGGGCGUGGAGCGAAUUGGCUACUUUGAGCAUGUUGUGGUGCAGUCGGUCAAGGAUGCUUUCCACUCGGUGUGGCCCCAGACAGAGUCGAAUGCCCAGGGUGAGGGCGAGAGUGAGGAUACGCAGGCCAGCCUCGUCAUGGCGGACGAGCGGAACCAGGAAAAUGCCAGUAUUUGGACCCAGCUGGCGCUUGCCUAUGCCAUUCACAAGAGCUUCAUUUUCAUCCGUGUCCCGUUGACGGCAGCAGUGACACCAAAGAUUGUAAAGACUCUACGCCGCUGGGGUUGGGACAUUGGCAAGCGAACUCCCAAGAGCCCGUGA